AAGUAUCAUUAGGCCAACAGCUGCGCCUGAAAGCAAAUGCGCGAGUAGCGGUUGGAAACCAAAGUCGAGCUACACUCGGCAGACUAGGACCCCGGCACCGAAAGCUGUACAUGGCUACAUAGCUGUAGAAAUGGCACUGUCAUCAGCAUGGGCGCUAGCCGGCCUGUUCCUGGCCAUGUUCGUCUUCUUUGGCUACAGUCUCCGGAAGCGCUGGCAGCUGCGCAAAAUACCAGGCGCACUGGGCUGGCCCUUCCUGGGCUCCAUCCCUGAGUUCUCCAUCUACGGCUACGAGUACGUGCUCGGCCUGUCGGCCAAGUUGGGCAACGUGCUCAUUGCGUGGCUGGGCGUGGAGCCGCUCAUCAUCAUCUGCGACCCCGCGCUGAUACGGAAGUACGCUUACAAAUGCGUCAGCAAGCCCCCCAGCAUGAGCGAGUACGGACACGUGCUGACCGGUUUUAACUAUGACGUGGACCAGGCGUCCGCAUUCGUGGCGUCGGGCGAGGUGUGGCGGCGCGGGCGCCGUGUAUUCGAGGCCUCGGUUAUCAAUGGCGUCAGCCUGGCCGCCCACCUGCCCGCCAUCAACCGCUGCGCCAACCGCUUCGUGGCGCAACUGGCACAGCGCGUGGCGGCGCCCGCCGCUGCCCAUAGCGGCAAAACCCUGGGGGAGGAAGGCAUUGACAUGUUCUCCAUUGUUGGCGGCUACACGAUGGCGGUGACGGGCGAGGUGGCGUACGGAGUCGACUUGGGCACUGCGGAUGACGACAUUGCCGUGGCCCGCAACGUAUCAAUUCUGGAGGAUGCCGGAUCCAAGUCCGGAUCCGGACUCGGAGAUGGCGGCAGCGCUAGCGUCGGCGGCAUGAGCAUCGGGCGGCAGCUGGUGGCGGCGGCCCUGGCUAGCUUCCGCUGCCUGCAGGUGGAGCACUCGACGCUGUACCUGCCGCUCGGGGUGAUGUUUCCCUGGGCUCGGCCGCUGGUGCGCUGGCUGGCAACGCACUUUCCAGACCGCGCGCAGCGAGAGCACAUGGCGGCGCGGACCCAGAUUGCAAACAUUAGCCGGCUACUGAUGGAGCGGUGGGCGACCAGCAAGAAGGCGGCGGCUGCGGCGGCAGGGACAGGGACGGGGACGGGAACGGCAAUCACUGCAGACUCUAAGGCAGGUACCGCCAGCGCGCCGCCUGCUGAGGCGGCGCGAGCUGACGGCGCUGCGGCUGCAGGCAAGGGCGCCGAAGAGGCGAUCAAGGAGGUGGGCGGCGGCAUCAGCUCCAGCAGCUUCAUGGCCGCCAUGAUGGAGGGCCGGCGGGGGGCGCCGCAGGAGGAGCGGCUGAGCGAUGUCGAGGUAAUCGCGCAGAGCUUCACGUUUGUGAUGGCGGGCUUUGAGACCACGGCGCUCACACUGUCGCUGGUGACGUUCAUGCUAGCCACCCACCCCGAGGCGGCGGCGCGGCUGACGGCGGAGGUGGACGGGCUGGGGCCCGGCGAGCUCACGCAUGAGGUCCUGGCGGAGAAGCUGCCGUACACCGAGGCUGUGAUCAAGGAGACGCUGCGGCUGCACCCGCCCAUCCCCUACUUCAUCCGGGAGGCACGUGAGGACCUGGACCUGGGCAACGGCAUGGUGGCGCCAAAGGGCAGCUACCUCACCAUGUACAUGCACGCGGUGCACCUGAACCCCGACGUGUGGCCGCACCCGGAGCGCUUCCUGCCCCAGCGCUUCCUGCCCGAGGGCAGCGCCGCCUUCGGCCCCGCCGACCCAGGGGCCUGGGCGCCCUUCGGCAUCGGCGCGCGCAUGUGCGUAGGCCACAAGCUGGCAAUGAUGAUGGCCAAGACGCUGCUGGUGCGCAUGUACCAGCGCUUCCGCAUUGAGCUGCACCCAAGGCAGCCGCUGCCUCUCAAAAUGAAGACCGGCCUGUCGCGAGUGCCGGUUGACGGCGUGUGGGUGACGCUGACGGAGCGGUAGCCGGCGGCGGCGGUGGUGUCCUGAGGCAAGGCAGCAUGGCACGACACUGUCGCUGCGUGCCGGGCGGCAGGGACUGGGAUGUGUUGUACCGUUGUACGGGCAGGAGCAGAGGUUGGCAGGGGGCCUGCACAGAGACGGCGCUGGGCAGGUGGCAUGCGCGCAUGGGCUCAAGCGCUACUGCGGGGGGAGGUGCCGGGAAGACCCACACGAUGGCAUGUGCGAGCGCAGCACCAUGGGAGCAUCAUGCCGCCGUACGCCAAUGGAUUCGUGGAA